AUGCCCGGAGAAGUCAUCGAUCGGCCGAAUCCACAGCCCUUACCAUCACAUCUACCAGAUUAUUUGGAGCAGCUGAAAGUCACACUUCCUCACGAAACAUUAGAUCAGAAAGCAUGCGAUUCUCUGCUCAAAUUCCGCCGGGCGGCGAACUACAUCGCCGCAGCGAUGAUUUUCUUGCAAGAAAACACUCUUCUUAAAAGACCCCUUGAGUUCGACGACAUCAAACCCCGACUACUGGGUCAUUGGGGAACAUGUCCCGGGUUGGUACUCGUCUACUCCCACCUAAAUUACAUCAUCAAAACAAUGAACCUAGAUAUGCUCUAUGUCGUUGGCCCAGGACACGGAGCACCAGGAAUCCUAGCCGCACUAUGGUUAGAAGGGUCGUUGGAGAAAUUCUAUCCCGAGUAUUCUCGGGACGCCCAAGGGCUUCAUAAUCUCGUAUCCACGUUUAGCACAACAGCUGGACUCCCAAGUCACAUCAACGCCGAGACUCCGGGUGCGAUUCAUGAAGGUGGAGAGCUGGGAUACGCCCUAGCUGUAUCAUUUGGUGCGGUUAUGGAUAAUCCCGAUUUGAUUGUUCCUUGUAUCGUGGGUGAUGGAGAGGCUGAGAGUGGUCCAACGGCUACAUCCUGGCAUGCCAUCAAAUACCUUGACCCCAAGGAGUCCGGCGCCGUUCUUCCAAUCCUCCAUGUCAAUGGGUUCAAGAUCAGCGAGCGCACGAUCUUUGGAUGCAUGGAUAAUAAAGAGCUUUUGGCUCUCUUCAGUGGAUACGGAUACCAAGUCCGGUUUGUGGAGGAUUUGGAUGACAUUGAUACGGAUCUACACUGUUCAAUGGUGUGGGCUGUGAACGAAAUCCACCGUAUCCAACAAGCGGCUCGCUCUGGAAAGCCCAUUGUCAAACCUCGCUGGCCACUGCUGAUACUGCGCACACCCAAGGGUUGGUCAGGACCCAAGAUGCUUCACGGGGACUUCAUUGAGGGCUCGUUCCAUUCGCACCAGGUGCCAUUGCCCAAGGCAAAAUCCGACAAAGAACAACUGGAUCUACUUCAAAAGUGGCUCUCGGGUUAUAAGCCUGAGGAGCUCUUCACAGAGAAUGGCGACAUCAUCGAUGAGGUCAAAUCCGUGAUCCCGACCGAAAACUCCAAAAAACUUGGUCAACGCAUUGAAGCAUAUAAUAGCUACAAAGCACCGGACCUUCCCGACUGGAAACAGUUUGGCGUGAAGUCGGGCAAUGAAGAAAGUUCAAUGAAGGUAGCAGGUAAACUGAUCAAUGAACUCUUCAUCAGGAACCCACAUAGUGCGCGGUUAUUCUCACCAGAUGAGCUGGAGAGUAACAAGCUAGAUGCGGUUCUUGAACAGACGGGCCGGAAUUUCCAGUGGGAUGAGUUCUCCAACGCUCGCGGGGGGCGUGUCAUCGAAGUGCUCAGUGAGCAUAUGUGUCAGGGCUUCUUGCAGGGGUAUACCUUGACUGGUCGCGUGGGAAUCUUCCCAUCGUAUGAAAGUUUCCUGGGAAUCAUCCACACAAUGAUGGUGCAGUACGCUAAAUUCAUGAAAAUGGCCGAAGAAACCAAGUGGCAUUCCAAGAAUGCCAGCUUGAACUACAUCGAAACCAGCACCUGGACCCGUCAGGAGCACAACGGCUUCUCCCACCAAAACCCCUCAUUCAUCGGAUCGGUCUUGAAACUGAAACCAACCGCAGCCCGCGUCUAUCUACCACCAGAUGCGAACACCUUCCUAUCAACACUACACCACUGCUUACAGUCCCAGAACUACAUCAACUUGAUGGUAGGCUCAAAGCAACCAACUCCAGUGUACCUGACACCUAGCGAAGCGGAAAAUCACUGCCGCGCAGGCGCAUCCGUAUGGAACUUCUGCAGCACGGACAACGGACUCGACCCAGACGUCGUCCUGGUAGGAAUAGGAGUCGAGGUGAUGUUCGAAGUCAUCGCAGCUGCAGCAAUUCUCCGCGAACGUGUACCAGACCUGCGUGUCCGAGUGGUCAACGUGACAGAUCUUAUGAUUCUAGAUAACGCAGGCGAACACCCGCACUCGUUGUCGGAUGAGGCAUUUGAUCAUCUUUUCACAGCUGACAAAUGUAUCCACUUCAAUUACCAUGGAUACCAGACUGAGUUGCAGGGGUUACUUUUUGGUCGGCCGCGUCUGGAGCGUGUUUCCAUUGCUGGGUAUAUGGAGGAGGGAUCUACUACCACGCCGUUUGAUAUGAUGCUUGUCAAUCGCACUUCGAGGUAUCAUGUGGCGCAGACUGCUAUCCAAGGGGCUGCGCGAUUCAAUCAGAAAAUCCAGGUCCGGCAUCAUGAGUUGCUGGCUGAGUUGAGUCAUAACAUUGUUGAGUCGAGGAAGUUUAUUAUCGAGAACCAUGAAGAUCCCGAGGGCUUGUAUGAGCUUCCGAAAUUCAAUUAG